AAGGGUGCGAUGAAGAAACACUACAAUGACCAUAAUCCACCGCGGCGACAGCUGCGUCCUCGGUUGCGUGCCUUCGCUGUGCAGGAGACAUUGCACUGUGCCAUCGUGCAGCCGGCCUCGGCGUAAGUGAGAGUGUGUUGCAGGGUGAUUCAUAAUGGCGGAGCAGCCUCUGUGGGAGCAGAUAGGAUCCAGCUUCGUGCAGCACUACUACCAGAUGUUUGACUCGGACAGAUCGCUGCUCGGAUCAAUAUAUAUCGAUACAUCAUGCCUUACAUGGGAAGGACAGCCCUACCAGGGAAAAAUAGCAAUUGUCGAAAAGCUCACUAGUCUCCCUUUCACAAAAAUAGCGCAUAGUAUAACAGCGCAAGACCACCAGCCGACUCCAGACAACUGCAUCUUGAGUAUGGUUGUAGGACAGCUAAAAGCAGAUGAAGACCCGAUCAUGGGUUUCCAUCAGAGUUUCAUCCUGAAGAACAUUAACGAUGCUUGGGUGUGCACCAAUGACAUGUUCAGGCUGGCCAUCCACAACUUUGGUUAAGCUGCCUGUCUGCGUCGGCGGGCAGGGGCGGCCACAGCGAAGGGGUCGCCGUGAGACGAGGCGUUGGAGGGAGGAGAAGAACUCCUCCCUCCCGCCGUCUCAUUUAGGCCUGUUUGACAAACAAGCAAAUAGCGGAUUCUAGAUGUCAAUCACUGAACCCCAUCCAGGUGGGUUUCUUUUCCUCCGACCAGUCCAGCAAAGAACUGCGACACGUCUCUUCGCUGAGAGCCGGCUGACCAAUCAGAUGCCCCUGUCUGCCGCUCCGCUGCUCUGCAUGUCGCUGGGGGUUCCUCAGUACAAUAUCUACACUCAAGCCACCAGAAGGACAAACAUCCGAUCGAUGCCAUUAAUUCAUGCUCCUGUUUGCUCUGCUUUAAUUCUAACCCGUUCUGCUCUGAUGUUGACUCGGUUCUGCUAGCACUGCUGCUGACUGGUCUGUAGAUCCAUGUUCUGGUUCAGAUUCACUGUGUUAUUUGUUUUACAGUAGCUCUGCUUAGUGCGUUGAGUUUAGUUUUCUUCCUCUUUAGGCUUGACUCAUGCUCUGAUGCCAGGUUUAGCUGUUGCAAACCAAAGGGUGCUGGAGGACAAACGCUCACCUUGUCAUUUUUUUCUUUCUACCUUUCACACAUCUGGAGGUUAACAAGGACUACAGCCAAGAUACACAAUAAAACCUGGACUUUUUUUCUUAA